CCAAGCCCGCCUUCAUGGUAUAGGUCGGCAGCGGGAUGUCACUACUCUCGAGAAACUAUCUGUAAGAUAGAGAGGACAAUCUUCGCGAUGUCAGCCACACAUAGCAGCCUAGAUGCUGCUGCCGUCGACAGAAAAGCUCGCCUGGCGAAACUCGCAUCUCUGAAGCGCAAGCAGCCUGGCUCCCAUUCCACAGUUUCAAGUCUACAAGCGGACACCGAAACAGGAGAGACGGAAACGCCGCCUCAAUCCACGACUGAUCAGUAUCUCUCAGGCCGAAAUUACGAUCUAACAACGAAGAAUGCCAAACUUGGAUUCGAAAACGCGCCCGUUGGUGACGACGUCGAGACUGUUGAAGAGCAGGCUGAUCGCAUCCUAGCAUCCACUGCAGAGCAAGCCGCCAAAGAUGAGCUGGAAGCAGAGAAGGGUAUUGACUUGUUCAAACUGCAGCCGAGAAAGCCAAAUUGGGACCUGAAAAGAGACUUGACGGAGAAGAUGAAGAUUUUGGACGUCCGGACACAAAACGCCAUUGCCCGUCUGGUGAGAGAACGCAUUGAGAAUGCGAAGAAACAAGCUCUAGAGAAAAAUUCCGUUCAAAAGCAACCUGCGACAGAGAAGGGCGAGGAAGGAGAGGAGGUCGGCAUCGAAGGCAACACGCUAGUGGAGAGUAUACAUUUACGAGAACAGGAGGAGGAGCGAGAGGCUGCUCUCGAGAACGAAGAAGAUGGCAUUCCCUGAUCGACGACGGAGCGACCUAGCGAUAAUUGCACCAAGGCGAUGGCCAAAAAGUCAAGUCGAUGAGGAUGCGCCACCCGGUGCCUGUUAAACCCGCAGGUUGGAUAUACAUCUGAAUAAGGUCGAUGACAGCGCCUCGCGCAAGAGAUAUGGAUCACAAUUUCCACGACCUUCUCAAAUAUCCGAAUUUCAAGACUGAGCGCGGCGCCCCACACGACAUGACGACCGCUGCUCAGACCUAAAAGCUGCAGGAAUCCGCCGCGCUCGGUCGGAAAACUUCAAUCGUUGUUGCAGCAGACCGCGCUUUUGGCGAGGGUAUGCUACCGCAGAAAUGUGAGACACAAGGAGGUACGGUGGAAAGUCUCGCUAAGCAGAAGGGCCUGUGGCAAGUAGCAUCAAGAGCCAUAGCGAGAACUAUUGGCGAAUGAGCUAGGAAAUGAAUACACAAUAGUGAGCAAUGACAUCCCAGUGUCCGGUAAACCAACGGUACCACGAUACAAACAAGUACUCCAUGACGACAAACGUGCAUUGCUCGUAGGGGUAUGAUAAAGGGACAUCAGCCAAUUCAUGUGUCAAUGCAGCCACCAGCGCCUUGCAAACCACAAUCAACAAUACUUCACCAAAUUAAGGUUCCUCCGUUUAGAACUGGAGCAUCCAACCAAUAUCCUGAAGUUGCGAUUCAGUUGACCUAUCACAUAUUCAUCGCCUGCGUUAGAGCCAGCCUUUUGCUGUACGGGCUCAAGCUCCGGUCCCUCAUAUUGCUUCGCUUCUCGCCGCCAAACCUGAAUUCUCGCUGAGGCAAUCCGUCGUCAUCAUUGUCGUCGUCGUCGUG